CCGCGAGAGCCUGCGCGCAGGUAGAGCAGUCUGCGCCGGUCGGAGACACGCGCAGCGCGCGCGCCCUCCUGCCUCUACACACUACUCGUAACGCUAUUAAGUAUAACCUGACUUAAGAAAACAACAACUAAAUAUGAACAGCUUACAAUAUUGAACACGUGCGUGAAGUAAAAGUUUCAGUGUCUGUGAAGUUCAAGUGGUCGUGUAAUGCAGAACUAAGAAUCGAGUUAAUUGUGCGAAUGCCACGGUCCGCAGCCUACGCAGCCGGCAGCGUUCCCCUCCUAUCAUCAUUCAAGGACCAAUCGUUGAACUCAUGCCGUGUCAGCUUUCGCGCGGUCGCAGUGUGCUGAUUUAGGAAUGACCUUCGAGAACGCAUAACGAUGUACUGACUGAACUGGGGCGAGCGAAGCGGCUCCGAAAAUGUCAAUCAACCAGAACGCCGGCCAUUUCAGUAAACAAAAACAUCAACUAGGCAAACAGGCCCCAGAACCGGUAAACUUUCCACCGCGUUAUCAUCCGCCUCCGGCCGCCGGCGCGCCCAGACUGUCCACUGUUGACGCGACUGCCAAAGAGUUCAAACCGCCGUACUUAAGUAAAACCAUUGAUCCGUCUAAACUACAAUAUCCAACAGGAAUACACGGAACGGUGCCUGGAAAUUAUCCCAGUGGAUCUGUACCUGUUUCAAAAUAUCCUCAAGGAUAUCCUACGGGGUAUCCACUGCCCCCUGGAGCAUUACGGGUGCUGAGACCGUCUGGAGAACUAAUAACUAAGGCAAUUGUCCACGAACCCGUGGAGCCAACAGUGCGGGCGAGAAGUGCCGACGACACCCAACGUGCCCAACGUAAUUUAGAGGAAGAACAAAUUCACAGGAGGUCCGCAGAUAUGCUGAAGUUCACGAAACGAGUCGAGCCCGAAGGUCCUCGCGCGUCGAACGAUCAAAGGCGGCAGAUACAAGCGCUGUUAAACGACAUUAAAGCAUUGAAAGAAGCGAAUCGCCGCCUUACGGAAGAUAAUCAAGAACUUCGGGAUUUAUGUUGUUUUUUAGACGAUGAUCGCCAAAAAGGAAGGAAACUAGCAAGAGAGUGGCAGCGGUUCGGAAGAUAUACUGCUUCUGUGAUGCGACAAGAAGUAUCUGCGUAUCAAAGUAAGCUAAGAGAACUUGACGAUAAACAACAAGAACUGAUCCAUGAUAAUUUGGAAUUAAAAGAAUUGUGUUUGUAUUUGGACGAGGAACGCGAGAGAGUCGUGUGCUCUAACUGUGGAAGAACAACCGGUAGAGAACGGGAUGAUGGCGAUGGAAGUAGCAGCGGUACGAACGCAGAAGAAGGUACACGGCCAACACCUUCCGUAUCGAUCACGCAUCCUCAAUUGGCUGAAAGAACCGUUCAGUACGUAAAGGACUUAGAACAGAAGAUACGACGACUAGAGGCUGAAAAAGGCUUGGGAGGUGCUACGAACGAACGCCCAGAGGCUGUAGUGCGAGCCUUGCAAGUUCUCGAAGUCAGAGAAAAAGUUGAAAGGGAAAGAAGAAGGCCAGCACCGGACCUAGACUCCGGUGAGCAAGCUCUUGUGCGUGAAAUGUGCAACGUAGUUUGGGGGAAGUUAGAAGACGCACCACCACAAGCACCGCCUCGUUGAAAAUAUCUUUAUUUAACGUUCUGCUAUUGAGUGACAAUAAAAGUAGACCAAGUUUAGUUGUAUAGACCAGUGCGAUAGGAAUCCGACUUGAUUGAGGUCACACAACAUGGCCUGUCGUAUGCUGUGACCUACAGAAGGAAAUUAAGCGUUGACCUUGUUUAUCAAUCCAAACAUAACAGUAAAUAAAAUAAAAACACAUACAUAUAUACUGAUGACAGACAUUGUGAUGUCCUUAAUACAAAUGAAUGAAACUGAAUAGUACAAAAUUAGAUAUUAAAAUUAGGUUAAGAUAAUUCUUAAAAAAGCUAAGUAGGGAUUAUAAAAUACAUGGCCUUUUUGUAAACUUUACAAAUUAUUUCUAUUUUCGUGUUGCUAAUGUAUUGAAAAGAAAUCGGUCUGCUCUUAGAGGCUAUACGUUGUUCUUGCUGAAAGUCUGUGAUCGAGAGUGGUUUUAUUAAUCGUCUUUAAUUGUUGCUUCUUGCCAGUCAAACACAUACUUGUCAAUAAUAAACUUGAUGUUCAGUUUGCUCUGUAUCUAGUCAGUGUCCAUUUACUUACUGCAUAUAGGGCCCGUCGUCAUUUUAAUACUAAGUUUUAAUGCUUGCUUUUUGUAUUUAAAAAUAUAUUAAGGAAGUAGU